GUUUCCCUAAGGGAAGUGUAUGUUCCUAUAUCAUGAGUACAAACCAGUUCCUUGGAGAUCUUUGUUAUCUAAGGAUUUGGCAUGAUAAUACGGGCGAAGGCAAUGACUCUAGUUGGUACCUGCAUAAAAUUGUCAUUCACGACCUACAAAAAGAAAACAGUUUCAUCUUUCUAUGUGAUGAUUGGUUGGCCCUUGAUAUCGGAGAUGGUAUGAUAGACCGUGUAAUACCGUCGUUGUCAAAGAACAACUUGGAAUUUGAAACGUUAUUAUCACAACACGCAAGAAUGAAUAUGACAGAGAAUCAUCUAUGGUUAUCUGUAAUUCUACGCCAGCAGAGGAGUAACUUUACACGUGUACAUCGAUUGUCCUGCAUUCUGGCGUUACUGUUUCUGGCAAUGAUAAGCAAUGCUAUGUUUUUCCAGCCGGAGGACGAGAAACAGAUAAUUGCUGAUUCCGUGCAAAUUGGCACAUUCCGUUUGUCUCUAAGAACUCUGUAUGUUUCUAUUGUUGGUGCCGUUGUAACGAUCAUUCCUAUUUUCAUCGUCACAUAUUUGUUUAGAAAUGCAAGAUCAAAAACAUCAUUGCAAUCACGCAAAGAAACGUCACCAUUGAACAAAGACAGUGAAACAGAAAGUAGAAAAGAAAAGAAAGAAAGUGGUAUAAUUUCCGAAAUGGAUACCAGUGACAAAGAAGUUAUACCUGACAUUAAAAUCCUGGAAAAAGAAAAGCUUCCACACUGGGUUAUUUAUAUUGCUUGGACAAUAGUUAUUCUUGCAGUCCUCAGUUCAGCGUUUUUCUUGUUACUGUAUAGUAUGCAGUGGGGAAAAGAAGUUUCCAAUGAAUGGCUUACCAGCUUUGUCUUAUCCUUUUUUGAAUCUAUUCUCAUUGUGGAUCCUAUAAAGGUACUCCUGUUUGCAAUGUUGGUGGUAAUUAUAACCAAGCGACCAGUAGAAGGAGAUGAAGUAGAAGUCGAUCUAGAGUCUGUCAGACAUGCAUCCAAAUUUAAAAACGAAAUGAAUAUUGAUUUCAAAGAAUUUCAAGAGCUGCAGAUGGCAGUAAUUUCCGCUGGAAAAACAGUGGCUACUGAUGCUCUUAAAAAGAAACGACUGCAACUUCAAAAAGAAAAGAAGGCAAAACGGGCUUUCAUAAAUCUGGUACUACAAAUUGUUUUUGCUGCUUUGAUGUACACUAUCAGCUAUUUGAGCAGGGAUCAAAGGGCCUAUCUUCUUAAAGCAAAUAUUGAAAACCAGCUGUAUCAAUCAAGCAAAUAUCAGUCUGGUUUUGCAAAGGUCAGUUCGAAGGAGUCUUUUAUCACAUGGAUAAAUGACACAUUAUUACCGGUGUAUUUUCCAACGUCAUCAUACAACGGAGGAAGCAUCAGUGUUCUUGACAAAUUCUUCAUUGGAGAUUUGACAAAUUUACGAGUAGGGUUAAUACGAAUGAGGCAACUUCGGGUAAAGAAAGAAAGUUGCUUUGGGCCUUCGGUUUUGCACGGACACUUCUGUGCAAGAAAAUAUGAUUCAGACAGUGAAAAUAAAAAUACAUUUUGUGAUGACUGUUCAAAAGUAUGGAGUUCUGAGGCUUGGCAUUACGUAUCAGCAAAAGAAAUAUGGGGUACAGACUUGUUCGGAACAUAUAAUUCCUAUGGCGGUGGAGGUUUUAUCAACAAACUUGAAAACGACAAACUGAUAACAGAAAAAAUAAUCGGAGAAUCGGUGAUCAACCGAUGGAUUGAUAGACUUACUAGAGCUGUUCUUGUUGAAUUCACUUUGUAUAAUGCAAAUAUUAACAUGCUUGCAUAUUCUAUAUUUAUGGCUGAAUUUCCAGAAACUGGAGGAGCAUUUACCUGGUUUGAUACCCAAUGCUUUCGACCAACAGUUUUAACAGACUCAACAGGCUUAUUUUCAAUUAUCUGUUAUAUUAUCUUAGUGUUGAUAAUUAUAGUAAUCACCAUCAAACUUAUUAAAACAAUUAAGAAAGAGAAUUUGAAAGCAAUCAAAAACUUGUGGAACAUAGUUGAUAUUAUCCUUUGUGUAUUCACUUACGUUGCUAUAGUUGUGUGGAUUUUAAAAUUUAUUAAUACAAAACGUGCUCUCAGUAUAUACUAUAACGACAAAAGCAAAUUUGUAAACUUUCAACAUAUAAUUAUCUGGGAAUAUAUGUUCAACUGUAUUCUUGGUAUUCUUUGUUUUGCAUGCACCAUACGUCUACUGAGAGCUCUUGGAUAUAACCAACGUCUAACAGAAAUUGCUACAGUUUUAAGGAUUGGAGGAAAUGAAAUAUUUAAAUUUUUCGUCCUUUUCUUUUUUGCCUUUUCUGGAUUUACAGUACUUGGAUAUCUUUUAUUUGGACCAAAUGUUUUCGAAUGGCGCAAUUUAUUUGUCUCUUUUGGAAGUCUUACAAACACUUUGAUUGGUAGGAACAGUUUAGAUAAGCUGAUAAGAGCAUCUCCGAACUUCGCAGAGUGUUAUUUCUUUAUAUAUGUUUUCUUUAUGCUCUUCACGAUGAUGACAAUUUUCCUGGCGAUUCUCAACCAAGCGAUUGAAAAAGCAAGGGCUCAUCCAGAUUAUAAUGCACAAACAAUAGGAAUCUCUAAUAUAAUAAAAGGCACAUUAAAUGAUGUACUACAGAUGUUCGGUAUACAUAUUGGAAGAAAGAAAAGGAAAGUCAAAGAAACCUACAUGCAAUCCAAAAGGAAGCCAGCAGUGAACACAACAAAUGUUAUGCAUCUCGUAAGAGAAACAUUCACGGAAAUGAUACAAGACCAUCACGACGAAGCACAAAUACCUACACCUAGGAAAGACAAAUCCAUUCGUCAUGUCACUUUCAAAACAAAUGAGCAGCCAUGGGCAAUGUUUAAGAUAAAGAAGCCUACUGGACACAAUGGGAAGGAUACAUUUGAUAAUAAAUCCAAAGCAUCCGCUGACUUUUCUGCAAUGUCUGCCUUUAACGGUAAUGAUGACAAGCACACCGAUCGCAUAACACCUAGUAACAUUAGCCUCGAAGUGGCGAAUAUGACAGAUCCUCGGAAACAAGAUGACUAUUAUGAGGUGUAUAAGCCAUAUCUAUAAUCAAUUCAAAUUUACCAUUUUAUUUUAAACUUUUUAAUGUUGUAUCAUUGACACACUAUUUGGUUUUAUAGAAUUAGUGAACAAUUUUAGACACGUGCUUUAUUAAGCAUACGAACAAAUAAUUUGAUUUACGUCAAUGUUAGUUCGGUAAUCAAAUGUAACUGUUCAAAUUCACCAUUUAUCUAUCAUAUUUUACCGGUAUUGUGGAUAAUAUGAUUCAGCCUUAAGUGACCAAAAUAUCGUCCCUGUCUACUAUCAACCGGUAGGUUUAAGCUUGUCUGAAUAUUUUUUUUUUAGUAUUUUUUUCAAAUAUCGUUCUAAGUGGUUCAAAAAUAAAGAUGAUGAUAAGCACGUUUUCGAAAAUUCAAAAAUAAAGUAAUUAACACAGUUGACAAUCGCAAGAUCUGUACUUUGUGUCUUUUGUGCUUUUGUUAGUUGUUUUUGAGCUUUGUACCGAUCUGAAUGUACCAUUCUGUAAGUACCCGUCCCAAGUCAGGACCUGUAUUAUUCAUUGGUUGUCAUUUGAUGAUGUUUAUCAUACCGGUAUUUGUUUUUCUUUUAUUAUUUUUUUUUUACAUAUAUCAUGCCGUUUGUUUUCUCGUUUGAAUUGUCAUUUCGGGGCCUUUUAUAGGCCAUGAUGUAACAUAUAGUUGCUAACCUGUACGUUAUUUGGUCUAUCGCAGAGAGUUGUCUCAUUGCCAAUCAUACCACAUCUUCUUAUUUUUAUAUUGGUUAACUAAAUAAACGAGAUUUUUUAUAAAUCAGAUCUUAAAAUCAUCUGCUUUUCUUGGUCAUAAGGAAUAUGAAAAAUCAUAGUUCCUGGACAUGUGCAUGCACCUUUAAGGGAUCCAAUUUCCAAAGUUGAUCUUUUUUUUACCCAGAACAAAAACAUGACUAAUCACAAACACAUUUUAUUUUCAGCAUUUAUUAAAAACAUUUGUUUCACACUUUUAUAUUUUUAUGUUGUUUUAAAAUAUAAUAUUAACUUGAA